ACGCUGUUCGAGAAUACGAUUUGUAGGUUUAGCGGUGCGUCUGUGGAGAUUUUUGUGGGUCAUGGGGGAAAGAGCAGGAGGUAAAUAAAGAGACACGCGCUAAUAAACACGGGUACAGAUUUACUUUCACACUCAGUAGCUUUGCUGGUGUCUUAAUGUGCCAGCUAUUUAUUAUUUUCAAAGUAGACAAUUAGGAGAAGAGGAUAGUAGGAAGGUCUACAGUCAGCAGUAGGUUGUGUUCUAAGGUGAUCUGAUUGGAUACGCCGCUGCCCGCUGUUGCCAUGGCGAUGCGGGAGCUGGUGGAGGGGGAGUGUGGGGGAGCCAAUCCUCUCAUGAAGCUGACGGGUCAUAUGACCCAGGAGGGAGGAGCUUGGAGACACAGGUCAACCCCCACUAUUCCCCCUACACCCAUUGAAAUAGCAACAGAAGAAGAGUUGGUGAAUGAGUUCAUGCAGCAGGCGCCUCCACGGCCCCCUCACAGCUUCGACAUGGGCCAGUUACUGGAGGAAAUGCAGCAGAUUGAUCAGCAGAGCUACAGACAGGCUCCACAGAGAGCUCCUGGUGUGGCUGCGUUGGCCCUGUCUGGUGAUUGGACGUCUGAGUUUCUGUCGGGAGCAGAUGCCGCUGCCGCCGCCUCAUCGGGGCAGGCGGGACUUGGAGACCCGGCUGACGCUGAUUGGACCAGAGAGUUUAUCACCGAUGGCACAGAUCCCGGGCGUUGGGCAGAGGAGUAUCUGGAGCAGUCAGAGGAGAAGCUAUGGCUCGGAGACCUGGGAGAUAGGGAGCAAGACUGGACGAAAGAGUACCUACCAGGAGACGAACUGAAGCAAACAGCCAAUGAGCUGGUCGCAAAGGUCAAUGACCCCAAGUUACAGAACACUGAGUUCCUGCGGUUCAUUAGGCAGAUUGGCGAGGGCAGUGUCACAGUGGAGGACAGAGCAGGCAAACAGCACACAGAUAGAGCUCAGGCCAAGGAGGCUCAGAACUGGGCCUCCAACCUCAACCAGUUCCUGGAGGAGACUGGGGGAGGGACUUUACCCUCGACAACCCAAGAGUGGGAUCAGAAGAUUGCCAAAGCUAAGGCUAAACAGGCACAUCAAUGGGCUUCUGUCGUCAAGCAGGUCUCAGUGGAGUCAGCAGAAUCAUGGGUAGAUGAGUUUGCCACUGCAGGUCCAGAUUUCCAGCAAGCUAAAGCUGCUGUGGAGAGCGACUUGGACUUCUGGGAGAAGCUGCAGCAGGAGUGGGAGGAGAUGGCCAAGAGAGAUGCAGAAAGUCACCCCUGGCUCUCCGAUUUUGACCAGAUGCUCAGUAGCUCCUACGACAAGGGGUACCAGUUUGAGGAGGACAACCCGUACAUGUCCCACCAGGACCCCCUUGCUGAGGGGGUAAGGAGGAUGGAGGCAGGGGACAUCCCUGGGGCCGUGCGCCUGUUUGAGAGCGCCGUACAGAGAGAACCAGACAACCAGCUGGCAUGGCAAUAUCUGGGAACCUGUCAGGCAGAGAACGAACAAGAGUUUGCAGCCAUCAGUGCCCUCCGCAGAUGCAUAGAGUUGAAGAAGGACAACCUGACCGCUCUGAUGGCACUGGCCGUCAGUUUCACCAACGAAUCGCUGCACAGGCAGGCCUGUGAGACCCUUCGUGACUGGCUGAGGCACAACCCCGCGUACCGGCCAGUCCUGGAGCAGAGUGAACGGGAGCGAGAGAAGGACGGCGGGACCAGAGAGCGGGAGAGAUUUGGCUCACUGCUGCCAGAUUCUUUGUUUACAGAGGUGCAGUCCCUGUUCCUCAGUGCGGCCAACUCUGACCCCGCCCGCGUCGACCCCCAGCUACAGUGUGGCCUGGGAGUCCUCUUCAAUCUGAGCGGGGAGUAUGACAAGGCCGUGGACUGUUUCACAGCAGCCCUCUCUGUCACACCACAGGACUACCUGCUGUGGAAUAAACUGGGCGCUACCCUGGCCAAUGGAAGCCGCUCAGAGGAGGCUGUUGCCGCCUACAGGAGGGCGCUGGAACUGCAGCCAGGCUUCAUCCGCAGUCGGUACAACCUGGGAAUCAGCUGUGUCAACCUCGGAGCCCACAGAGAGGCUGUGGAGCACUUCCUGGAAGCCCUGUCCCUGCAGCGGCAGGCAUCGGGGGAGGGCGAGACGGUCAGUGCCAGCCGGGCCCCAGGGGGUGCCGCGGCCACCAUGAUGUCCGACAACAUCUGGUCCACCCUGCGCAUGGCCUUAAGCAUGAUGGGAGAGAGCUCGCUAUACGCGGCGGCUGACCGGCGAGACCUCGACACGCUGCUCUCCUACUUCUGUCAGAGGGAGGGGGAAUGAAGGUGUGGGAGGGCCGAGGGGGGGAGAGGGGCAGGAGGAGAGUUGAUAGUGUGUGAGUGCGCACUUAGGGGAGGAAGGUGUCUGGGAGAGUUGGAGAGCGAGAGGUCCUGUCCACAAACAACCCCCUAGCCCUAACCCUAUAGGCACUUCAUAUAAACCUGAAAUUAUUGGAUAAGUAUAAACAACAUGGAAGUAGCUCCAUUUGUAGAAUUUCUGCCAUCUUGCUUAUAACUACCAGGGUUUGGGUCUGUUUACUUCCUGAAUUGAAAUUGAACUGACACCAACCCUGAUACCUAUCCAAUCCUUUCAGAAAGAGAGGUAGGAUGAUGUGUGACAAGGGGAGAGUUGGCCGAAAGGGAGGAGAGGUGAGAAGGACAUUUUGAUGUGUCUCAGCAACCAAGGGAAGUGCACCGUAUAUACCAGGUGUAUUGAAUACAUACUAUGUCCUCCCCUGAUCACUCUGACAUAGCCUGGUUUCCAGUUGGUUCCUACUUUUUUCAUUAUCAUGUUUGACACAAAGCAAAAACAGACUGGCACCCAGGCUAGUUCCCAGAUGUCUGGUUAGUUACCCUCUGUCCUCAGCAACUGGUGCAGGGAUGUUCUUGUGUUCCUCAUAAUCAGAGGCAUCAUCAUGCCUAUUGAAACUGAGGAGUCACGCGACUCCCUUAGUUUCAUUCAGCCCUAUGAACCAUGGAAUGUAUACAUUGGAUACUCGUGAAAAGUUUGCACCUUAUGUUUUCCAGAGGGAAUAAAACAGACUUGGUAGAGCAAAAUAUCAAGUUGAGAUGAAUGUUCCUGUAAUGUAAAGAAAAGUAUGAUCUUGUUUGUUUGGAGGAUCUUUGUUUUUCCUUUUUUAUUCCCCCUUGAAAAUAUGUUCAAAUUUUGUAAAGCUGGCUUGCUGAUUCCGAAUCAAUUGCUGAAGGUUAAGAGACCAUUACAGUAAUAUAGAUAUCUGGCUUUGGAACAGGGGUGCUGAACUCCUGUCCUUGAGGAGCCGGUGUCUUUUUUUUUUCUUUUUUUCUCUCGUUAUUUUAGAGAAUUAAUUAUACGUGUACUCAGUCCAAUCAAUGACAUAUCAAUCAAUGAAGUACUCAAGAGAAAUGAGACUGCUGACAUGAGUUGUACACACCAGAGUCGUAUUCGCUAGUAGUAACCCAAUGGAAGCAAACGGGGAGGGAUCUACCUGAAUUUGUCCAAUAAGAAACGCUUGUUUUCAUUUUCUGUUGCUACUGUGUGCAAGAAUGAAUAUGACUCUGCUUUGGACAGAGGAUGACAUCAGUGUAAAGGGGACGGUAUACCAAAAGAGGUGCCUCUGCACUUCUUCCCACCCUCAACCCUUCUUUCUUCAGACAAAUGCCCUUGUUGUAAAAUAAUUAGCUUAAUUGUAAAAUAAUGCUUUUUUUGCCAUAUUGUCUGUAAUAUAAUUAUUGUACUGUUUUCAAAAUAGUUAACCAUACUGUAAUGAUUAUUAAUAUGAUAUUCAGCAAUAAAGCUCUGACUC